AUGGCCAGAUGCUACGACGCUUAUGGACGAGCCUACCGCUGUCGCUCAUCAUGGUCCAACUGGGGCAGAUGGCUUGUGCUCGCUCUCAUCGUUGGCUUCGCGCUCAUACUGUUCUUCAUAAUUUCCUGUAUCAGCUCUCGCCGAAGACGUCGUGCCGGAAGAAGACCUAUGUACGGCACGGGAUGGGCCGGACAGGUACCCUGGGGACAUGGAGCGGCUACCUACAAUCCCAACUACCAGACACAGCCAACAAGCCAACAAGCGCCACCCCAGUACAAUCAGGCCCAGAAUAAUGGAGGAUACUAUGGUCAGAAUCAAGGAUACUUUGGGGGAAGACAAACAGACGUUGAGAUGCAACCGCCCCAGAAUGUCUACAGAGGAGGAGAGGACGUCUAUCAACCGCCUCCGGGACCGCCGCCGGCGAAGACGUGA